ACAGUCACAAUGACUCUCCAGUGGACUGCUGUGGCUUUCUUCCUUUAUGCAGAGAUAGCAGUCCAACUAAUCUUGUGUAUACCCUUCAUAUCAGCACGGAGAUGGCGUUCAGUUUUCAGCUGGAGAAUAUGGAACUGGUUAUCUCCAUAUUGGAACAAAUGCUUUUUUACCAUGAUCAUGGUUCUUAUUGUUCUCUUCCUCGAUGCUGUCCGUGAGGUGCAUAAGUACUCGGGUCCUGAGCCCAUGCAUGAUGCCAAGGUGAACCCAAACUUGUACGACAAUGUCCACAUGAAGCUGUUCAGAGCCCAGAGGAACCUCUACAUAUCUGGCUUCUCUCUCUUCCUCUGGCUUAUCAUGCGUCGGAUUGUCACCUUGCUAAAUCAGGUUGCUGUCACGGUGGAGAACAGUGCAGGUCUUCAGGCACAGAUGGACAGUGCUGUCAAAGCAGCCAAGCUGCACCAUGACGACAACUUGAAGCUCAAACAAGCUCUCCUGGAUGAGGAAAAAUCCAUGUCAGUAAAAAAACAGCAACUCAAGCUGGAAGCUGAGAAGCUGGCAGAUCAGGUGAAGGUUGCUGAGGAGGCUGUGCGCAAGUCUCAUGCUGAAGUGGAGGCCAUGAAGAGGCAGGCCAAAGGUUUGGCACAAGAAUACGACAGACUACUGAGAGAACAUCAUCAACUCCAGAACCCCCAGAGUACUGCAGACAAAAAGGAUCAGUGA